AUGGCCGAUACCGAUGCCACUGUCCCGCAACAUGAACCGCGCCGAGCAUGUCAAGAGUGCAACCGCAAAAAGACAAAAUGUGAUAUGCGUCGACCAGUUUGUGGCCUUUGCUUACGGACGGGCAAUUCUUGCACCUUUCCUUUGAAACGGAAGAAGCCCACGCGCAAACCUCAGCUCAAAACACAAUCUCGCAAGAUCAGUGACAGCCUGUCCAAGUUAGUUCAGGUGCUUGACGCGGCUUCUCGGGCAGGAGAAGGGUCGGCUGAGUCAGAUGGCCGACGAGGAAUUCCCCAGACACUACUUCGAGAUUCGCUUAAAGGUCUCCUCGCCGAGAUCGAUGAGACCGAGAACCGCACUACUGAGGGUCGGGACCACGGAGCUGAGCAGAACGACCAGAAUGACUCCGUAUCUGACGGGGAGGAUAUCGAGGAACUAGGGCCUGAAAUGGACGGGGAAGACUUGCAACAAUCGCCACCUCCCAUCUCAACGGAACCCACCACCAAACUCUCGACGCCAACACUGCCCUCGGCGUUUGGUGGCGAGAUCUCUUGCUCAGUGGCCAUAGAUCUGAUCUAUGUCUUCUUCGACAAAAUACAGGCAUGGGUCCCCAUCCUCCACCGGCCGCGGUUUCUAGCAAAGUACGAAAAGUCCCUGUUGGUUGAAGGCGAUGUGAUGAAAGGAUUCUCAAUCGACGAAUCGCUCUUAUUCUAUAGCAUGUUUGCCAUGUCGGCGAGAUUCUCCAACCAUCCAGUCUUUGCCGGAAUUGCCCCAAACAAGCGAGGACACGAGUUCGCCCAGCGAGCGCGCGAGUGCUACGCCAAAGCCCGUUCCGUACGGAGUCCGUCACUGACUUAUCUACAAGGCUGUAUUCUCCUAGCCUACUACUUUUACACGUCAGGCCCGACGCACCAAGGCUGGAUCCUUAUCGGGGUCUGUGUCCGAUUAGCCUACGACUUGGGACUCUCCGAAAUUGACGAUGAAGAUUGGAGCCCUCUCACGCCCACAGACUCAAUUGAGAAGGAAGAAUGCAGGCGAGUCUGGUGGGCAGUGUGGGAACUCGAUACAUUUGCAUCCACGGUCUCCCGGAACCCUUAUUCAAUUGAUCGCAAAAGGAUGGCUGUAGCGCUACCGAUCUCGGACGAAGCUUGGUUUGCCGAAAUCGAGAUGUCAUCUGCAGAGCUUAACAUGCUACCCGGUCAAUCGUGGAGGUCGUUGCAGGGCUGUAAUAACCAAGACGAACGGGCGUGGUUCUUGGUUGCCAAUCACUUCAUGGCAACGGUCCAUGAUCGAUUGCAACAGAAACAAGACAUAUCUUCAGAUGAGAAACUGACGCUGGAGAACGAAAUCUGCUGUUUUAAACUUGCCCUUCCUUCAUCGCUUCGACUCGACGCCGAGACGUUGACAUUCACUCCAGCGACCUUUGCCCGCUGCAACUGGGUUAUUGGCACACACCUCAUGUUGAUGGCGGCGUCCUUUAUGGUUUCUGGAAUCAUCACUGCCGAGAACGACGAUCGCAGUGUGUCGAGUGUGGGUGGCAGCAGCUCAUCACCGCUCCGACAGCGCGCCAUCGACCUGUCACGGAUUAUCAGUCUUUGGGAUUCUAGGUAUAUUGCGGUCGCCCACCCUUUUUUUACAUGCAUGAUGCUUCCGCCUUACUACGUGGAUGGUGAUAUCCUGAGGACGCAGCCUCUGAUCGCUUCUAGUCACGACUUGGGGAAAUUGGUUCUCGCACAUUUCAGCGAGAGGUGGAAGUUGGGUUCCGUGGUGUCAGAGCUGGCAAAGAUUCUUGAGAGAGGAGGCGUACUUAACGCUGAGGAGAGACAGCUAGCCAAAAGAUAUGCAGUAUUUUUCCGAAUGCCGCGACUCAUCGGCAACAGCCCUCCGGAUCUCAAUCGACGAGAGAGGAAGACCUCGAUAAUCAGCGACAGUGUUCCCUACACAGGGCCCACAGAGGUGCAGCAACAACAACCCGCUGCACAGGAAGAGUAUCCCACAUCGCUAGACGUGCCUGACCCAACGAACAUGGCCAACUAUCAAGCUCCCAUGUUUGACCCUCAAACCUUUCCUUUGCUUCAACCUCAUUUCUAUGAUGGAAGCAAUGAGAUUGACUUUGGGUUCUCGGACUUCUUUGGUGGAUACCAAGACUUGGAUUUCAUGCCUGGAUGA